UUGAGUAUAAAACGUUGAUCAUUAGCGUAAUCAGAAACAUUCAUUAAUUAGAAUAAGUUUCUUUCUUCUGGUUAAUUCAAUUCUAUCGUAAUCAUGAGAGUCUUUCUCUUAGCCUGUGUUUUCCUCGUCGCCGCUGUUAACUUCUCACUCGCUUGCGAGUGUGGUAUGGAAGGUUCAGCUGGUCGAAUCUACAAAGGAAGUAAAGUUCGAGCCCACAAAUACCCUUGGUUAGCUCACAUUCGAUCGUACGCCAGCCGAAAAUCUGCAUCAUUCUUUCAAUGUGGUGGUUCUUUAAUCGAUGAACAACACAUCGCCACUGCUGCUCACUGUGUUAUCAGCCGAAAUGGUUCACCUUUCAAUGUUGCAAAUGUUGAUGUUUUCCUUGGAAAAGUCAAGGCUUUCUCUGAAUAUACCAAGGCAAUUUCAGUCUCAGAAAUUUGGGUUGAUCCUAACUACAACCGACAAGAUCUUUCCAACGAUUUCGCCAUCUUGACCCUUUCCAAGCCUGUUAAAUUCACUCAACAAAUUUCUCCAGUCUGUUUACCAAAGAGCGAAGCUGGUUUAUCUAAUCUCACCGUCUCCGGAUGGGGAACCACUGGUCCUCAUUCUAGCGCAAGUGACACUCUCUUAGAAGUCGAUGUUUCAUACUUGACCCGUAACCAAUGUAACGAUAUUAAGAAAAAUUUCUUAUUCAAACGGAAUGGUAUUCCUCUAUCGAUGAAGUGGCUAUUCCCAGUCCCCGGUGUCACCGAGUCUCACAUGUGUGCCAUGAACGAGCAAACCAUGGGAAACGCUUGUUCAGGUGACUCUGGUGGACCACUAAUGAAGAAAGCUGAUAAUGGUUUACACUACCUGAUGGGUGUCGUUUCUGGUUCAUGGGCUGAAUGUGGUGAAGGUGCCGAUAUCGCUGGUCUUUACACUCGAACCCUUUACUACAAAGACGUCAUCAUGAGCAUGGCUCCAAAUUCUUGCUGGAAGGAUUGAAAAAUCAAAUCUAUUCCUAAUAAUGUUUCCAAUUAAAUCGCAUAAUAAAAAAGUUAUUCAGUAAUA